CUCAUUGUCUACGUGCAACAUCCGCUGACUAUCACAAAAGGGCUGAGUAUGAGACCUCACCAUCAACGCCGACAUCAUUAUCACACAGCUCAUUAGAUAGUCAAUAUCGUCGCCAAUAUCAUCACCAACGUUCACAAAGCUCUUCAGAUGUGCAUCCAUAUGACGCUCGUUCAGCAACAGCAAAUUCUCUUGUAAAGCCAGAGCCAAGGAGCUCCUCUCCUAAAUCAGUUUAUGCCGGGUCAGCCAUCUCUGAAAUGGAAUCAACAAAGUCAGCACUAGUAUUAGCAACAUCAAAAGCCAGCUCCAAGAACAACAGCAAUAACGUUGAUAACAAGAAUGUACCAACAUUCAACGCCAUCAAAUUGGAUAUUAAAGCUGUGUCGAACAACCCUGAUGACGUUCAACUACAUAAUCAACAUAACUUAAUGAUGGAGUCUUUCCACGCUCAGGCAGCAGAGCAUGAGCGAGACUUUGAUCACUAUCGUGGAUCUCCUGGCCGUCGGAAGCCAGUGCAUCGCCCAUUCGAUGCAGAUCAACAUAACCGUCAUCACCCAAUCCUUAGACCUCGGUCACUCAGUCCCCCAUCCUCUCUUUCUUCACGCUGGGAGCCCAAUGUAAAUGAUCAUCACUACCACGACCAGCACGGUUUAACUCUGUAUGAAGCUGGUCAUAACGGGCCCAAUCCCAACCCUAAUGGCGAAUCUCCUACGCAGCCUAACAGAGCGACUUUGUCCAAUAACAACAUGUCGAUGCCAUUUGCAUCUCAUUUCGUACCAUCGAAUGAAAUGUCUGACCGUCGUAAUGGAGGCUACGGCUCUAUGAUGCAUAGUGAAGGCGAAGAGGAUAUUGACUAUGAUGGCGCAGACAGGCUAUCAAGGGAUCAAAAGAAGAGUGGUGACAAGGCAGAUUUCUAUAAGCCGACUCAUCAUCUCUCGCAUGGCAUUUACGAGUCUGUCCCUUCAUUCCAACUACCAGCACGAAGCCAUCCAGAUGGGCGUAUGGACUCAGUACCUAUAUCCAUGGACGAAGAUGAAGAUCCUAUGCGCUCUCCCGCCAGAGAUUGGCAUAUAGCAGAGGGAUACAGUGGACCAUCAUCCUAUCCGGAUUAUCCUCAUCAUCGCCAUUCGUUUUCGGAAUAUAAAGUUGACCAUUCCUCUGUGGCUGAUAGUCGAUCCCAUGCAGGCCCAAUGAUGUCUCCAAACAGGAUGCAUGUAUCUUUGUCGUCAUCAUCCUUAUCGUCUUUGACUUUGCCUAGUCCCGGCAGCCAACAGCAGCAAAAUCGAUAUCAGCAUCAUCAUCGUUCACAAUCGGAGCAGUACUAUUCGACUUAUCCUCACCAUAUACCACUUUCGAUGCAGACUUCUAUGGUCCCCAGCAAUAACCAACACUCCAUGAUGAUGGGUGUAGGGGAAAGUGAAGCAGUAGCAGUCAUGAUGCCGGGAGUUCAUCCGGGGCGGAUGCGUGGAUCGGCUUCGUCUGCCAAGAACCAUUGCUGCUCUGUGCCAGGGUGCAUGAAGCGAUUCAAGCGGCUGGAGCAUUUGAAGCGCCAUAUCAAGACUCACACAUUAGAACGGCCCUUUGCCUGCACAAUGCCGGGAUGUAACAAGCGAUUCUCGCGUUCUGAUAAUCUCUCCCAACAUACCAAGACGCAUCAACGUCAAAUCAUGAACAAAUCGCACUGGAAGCAACGAGCGAGCUUGUCGAGCAUGUCAAGCAUGUUUGAGUAAAAAGACUGUUUGAUGUAGUUGUAUUUAUCAUAUCUCAUUUCUAUUUUUUAUAUCCCUUGUAUCAGCUGUUACUUUACUUAUUAUCUUUGUUUCCAUUCGUCGCUUUUCUGUCUGUCUUUCUG